AUGACUGAUAAAGGAUUGACUGAACCACUACUUGACUUUAAAGGUUUAAACAAUGUACUAUCAUAAUCUAACAAACCUCAAACUAUUCCAAUCAACUCACAAGUAAACAAUGUUUUCACUAGUAUUUAAACGAUCGGAGAUAAAUUAGUGAAUGGCAACGAACUAGAAGGUCAAGCUACUCUUUAUAUUUUGACAAGAAGUGGAAAUCUUCUAAACUACUCUAAAAAUGGAAAAAUUACUCUUUGGAGUUUACUAAGUAAUAAGAUAGUCUACACUGAGGAUGUGAAGGGAGUAAGCGUUCUUUAUGAGACUCCAAAAGGAUCAAAGCUAUUUAUUGGAUAUACCAACGGAACACUCUAGAGCCGUGAUCCCAAUACUUAAUAGGUACUAUAAUAAGUAAACUUGAGAAGUGCGGUAAAGGCGGUUGUCUCUGAUGAUAAAAAUUUAUAUGUGAGUCUCAAAAAUGGUAAAAUAUUGUAAUUCCCUACCAAGAACAUCUCUUCUGCAAGUUAAAAGUUAAUUAGGCCGAUAGAUAGAGCCUCACCCAUUACUCAUCUUAAAAUAUCAAGAGAUGAGACAUUUUUGGUAGGAUAUGUUGACAUCGAUCAAAUUGAAAUGCUCUAUGUAUUUAAUAUCAUUAAGCCUGAACAGUCUUGGUCAACCAAACUUGACUUGUCAUCUGGUGUGCUUAGAGAAGACCCAGAUAAGCUAGUUGUAAUCUCUGAUGACUGCUUAAACAUUUUUAUCAGAGGAGAAAAUAACAAAGGAGUAUGCAUGUAUUCCCUGUUUGAUGGUUCUGUUGUUCAAAAUUUGACAUCAAUGCAUACUAACUAUAUAAACUAAAUAUUAGUAACCAAAGAUUCCAAGAGAGUGAUAACUUGCUCAAAGGAUAGAAAGAUUAAAGUAUGGGACUGGAUCAAGUCAGAGUGCUUGGCCACCCUAACACUCCAUGAAGAAGGUGUUGAGACCAUGGUUUUAUCAGAAGAUGAAACUUUACUAUUCACUGGAUCUUAUGAUACCUUUGUUAACGUUUGGUCUAUGUAUUAGUAUGUCUCCCUUGCUAAACUAAAAACAUAAUUCCCUAUAAGAUCACUUCACUUGAGUGGUGAUAACGAUAUCCUUCUCGCUUGCAAUCAUCUAAACAGCAAAACUCAGGGACCUAUGCAAGCAUUUUGGGUCUUGGAAGAUAAUGCUGAUGCAUUUAGAAUCAGAGUUGAAUUGAAGAAUGUUUCUAAUUGCUAUGUAACUCCGAACAAUGAAUAUUUGGUAACAAUGAAUGGAAACUCGUCUCUGAAACUUUGGAAUCUAAGGAGUAGAGUGCUGAUUGAAUCACACAAAGUAAAUUGCCAGUUUAGAUACAAUCUUAGAGCAUUAAAUGGCACUAGAGAUUCAGAGUACAUCUUUUUCCAAAAAGAAUCAAGUGAAAUCGUCCAAUGGUCUUGUUCGUAGCAAUAGUAAGUUCAUACUUAUAAUCAUGGAGGUUAAGUACAAGACAUAGUGAUUACAUCAGACGAUAAAAUAAUGUAUUGUGCUAUUGAAAGAUAAAUCUACAAAUGGGAUUUGUAAACUAAAUAGGAACUGUGUAGAUUUUAACACAACAAUGGCUAUUUUUUGUUCCUUGUACUUGCCUCAGAUGACUAGCGCCUAUUUGCAAACGGAUCAGGUGCAGAUAUCUUUGAAUAUGACCUUAAGCUUGAUGAAACAUAAGAAUUGAAGCGCUUUGAUAUCAUUAAGGACUCAGGUUGGGUUAACUUUGAGUUAUCCCCUGAUGGAGUUACACUCAUCCAGACUAAUUAAUACAAUGGUUCAUUCUGGGUAUGUAAUCUGAAAGAGGGUAAAGUUCUUCAGAUUAUCAGCAAGCAUUCACAGAUUAUUAACUUUGUUGGCUUUACUAAAGAUGGAAAAUUCUUGAUCACAAGAUCAACCUCAGAGUCUAUUAUUUGGGAAACAUCAAAAUGGAAAGCUCUUAUUACUAUUCAAGAAGAGUUUGGAGUUGUAACAUCGAGUUCAAGAUAAGUUCAAGCUAUUAUCCAUGAUGGACUCUAUAAAUCUUGGUCAGAUCAAAUCUUCUCUAGCUUCUCAGAUGAUUUCACCUUUACCAGUACUGAAUAAGAGGAAGAAGUUGUGUAGAACAUCUAAGAAGUCAAUACAUCUGACAUUAAAAUGACAGGAAAAUUCAAUAAUCUUAUGAAACUUUUUAUUGGAAAUGUUGGAAAGAAGUCUCUUGAUGAGAAAAAGUAUCUUCCCUAUCUUUACAAAACUUAAAUCUCCCCAUUCAAACUGACCCUAGCUCAUUUCUAUGCUUUCUUUAAUUAGGCUGACAUUGUCUAAAAGUUAUUAUAAAUGGGAACUCCAUAUAUUGAGGAUGUAAAUGGAAAUUCUCCCUUGGACUAUGCCAUACAAAAGAAAUCAUAUGAGAGUGCAACAAUCAUACUUGAUUACAUUAUGAAUAGUCCUCAUCUCUAUGGAAAAUUAACAGAGGAAAAGAUUAUAAACCUAAUAGAAUUCGCUCCCUCAAAUUUAAAAGAGUUCUUUGAUUCAGCAGUUAAAGAAUAGAUUGGAGAAUAUAUUCCUUCAUUUGGAACAUUGAUAACUAAUCCUAUAUCUUUCCGUGAGUCUCAAAAUAACUUUAUCAGUUUUACUGAUAUAAAGCACAUGAUAGUAGCUGAUAAGGAGAAUGAUGAACCUUUAGUGUUCAAGUCUAUUCAAAUCCCUUUCAACAUGCAACCUGGUUCGUAAUCUAGUAUUAAUUUCCAUAGAACACUUUCUGAAAGUGAGCUUACAGCAUUUAGAUCAGAAUCAGUAUAAUCAAUAUUGACAUAUAAAUGGGACUUGGUUAAAAAGAUAGUUUACAUAAACGGAAUAAUUUACUUACUUUACAUGGCAGCAUUAUUUGCUUUUAUCCAAACAUAUCACUAGAUUUCACUUUAUUUCCUUAUUGCUUUUGGAAUUUAUUUCAUGGGUUUUGAGAUUCUUUAGAUUUUCUUGAAUAAAAUGAGUUACUUAGGUGACUUUUGGAAUUUAUUCGAUUUCUUUAGGGUGCUUUUGCUGAUCUUUUUCAUUUACAAUGCUUUUAAGUAUGAAGACUGGAAUAAAAGCUCAACCAUGCUUUAACUUUUUGGUACUCUGAAUUUCUUAUCUUGGGUUAGAGCACUUUCUUUCUUGAGACUUUUCCAAAAGACAAGAAUUUUCAUUAGACUCUUGGUAGAGGUUAUUUAUGAUAUGAUACCUUUCCUAAUUGUAUUAAUCGGUGCUGUCCUUGGAAUUUCUCUUAGUUAUGAAGUUAUCAAUGACAUCAGCAUGCUUGAGGCUCUUAAACACAAUUACAGACUUACCUUCGGAGAUUUUGAAACUGACAAUUACACAGCAGCUAACUGGACAUUGUUCAUUAUUGGUUCAGUAUUAAUUCCAUUGAUUAUGUUAAACAUGUUGGUUGCUAUAAUGUCAGAUACCUAUGCAAGAGUUAUGUCAGACAUUCUACCUUCAGAUUUCCUCGAGCUUAAUCAAAUGAUCCUUGAGCAAGAGGAAAUUCAAUUUUGGAAUAGAAGAAAGGGUUAACUAGGUUAUCUCCACUAUGUUACUCCACUUCAAAGAAAAGAAGGAAAUGAAUGGGAGGGCUAGAUCCAAAAAAUUCUUGCUUUGCUUCAACAACAAAAUGGACAGUCUCCAGAAGUAUUGAAUAAACUUGGAGAUAAAAUUGACCUAAUCAUCGAAAGUCAAAAAGUUUAAUUCAGAGACACUAAUCUUAAAUUUGAUGAGCAAAAGAAGAGAUUUGAUCGCAUUCAAGAAGAACUAGAAAUUAUCAUUCCAAAGCAAUAAAAAGAGGAAGUAGCUGAGGAGGAAGAAGAUAGUGAUGGUGAUUUCUUUGAUGAGGACUACAUUGAUGAAUUACAAAAGAUUGCCAAAACCAAUUUUGAUCAUUACAGCUGCAUAAUUAAACGAUUCGUAAACUAAAGAUGGUCCAAAUAUAAUCCAACAAAGCAAGGAAAGUUGCAUAAGUAAGAAUCCUUUAUAGCAGUAAGAGACAGUUAUGAUGCAAUUGAUAUAGAUAUUCCAGAUGAUUUAGAAAUUGAAAGAUUAAUUAAAGAAAUUGAUCUCAACGGUGAUGGUCUUUUGUCAAAGUAAGAGAUCUAUGUCUUAAUGAUGAGACUUCUUGGUUUCCAUGAAUAAGUAUAGGAAGAAUUAACUCAGCUGAACUCAAAUAAGUAUCCCAAAGAUGCUUUCACUAGAUUCCUUGAACCAAAAUAAAGAGAAAUCUUUGAAUAGCUCUGGGCUAAAUAUGACAAUGAUAGUAAAGACUAUAUUGAUGCAAAGUAAGGAACCUAAUUGAUAAAGGAAUUCAGCAAAAAAUCCCUAAAUGAUGAAGAAGUAGUUGAACUCCUGAAAUCUCUUGACAAAGAUGGAAAUGGCCAAAUAUCAAAAGAUGAAUUAAAAACUUUUAUCUCAGAAAACAAAUAUUUACUCAAUGAAGAUUGA